AUGAUAUCCAGGGACUAUGGUAAACAUUUUGCUCAAGAAAAGGAUAGUGAACGAGGAGCCCGAAGCCCCUGUCGGCCUCUCGAGCGCCCGCGCUCCCUGCCGUUAAAUAGCGGGUCCCGGGGCGCGGUCCUCCGGCCCCCGGCGCCCCUCCGCCCUCACCGAAGGGCGCAGGGGUCGAGCGCCCCGCGGCUCCACUGCCCGCGGCGCCGCCGGGUUGGAAGGUGCGCGGAGGGGCGGUCACCGGACGCGCCCACUCCACCCGCGACCCUCAGCCUCCGAGGCUCCCCGCGCCGCCACCCUCCCUCACCCCGCAGUGAGGGGCCGGCCAGGGAGUUACCCGCCGAGGCCCGGGCGCAGGGACCGCCGAGGCGCGCCGGGCUCCGCCGCUCUCUCCAGCCGGCUGCAGCCUCUCCGCGGCGCCGGCAGCAUCGAGCCGCCGAAGCCCGCGGCCGGCGGAAACCGGAGGAAGGUGGCGCGGGUUGGGGGCGGCGCGGGCACGAGUCCGUGUCCCUGGACCUGGAGGGCGAGCAGGGGAGGGCGCAGCGCCGCCCGGAGUCCAGGCGCCCGCGGGCCCGUGCGCUGUCCUCCACGCCCGCGCCCGGAUCCCCGGCGACUGCGCCGAGCGCCUUCCGAGCCGCAGGAAGCUCCUCCUGCUCGGUGGCGGGCGCCAGAUGCGCGGGGGCCGCGGCCGCCCCCAAGGUCGCCGAGGAAGGUGCAAUGCGGCGGGAGACUGGGGCCUCCGUCCCCGGGGCGGCGAGGCAGGAGCGCAGGCGAGCCCCUACCUUUCGGGCCGGGCGGACAGGAGCCGCGCGCCCUUACCGGGCGUCCCGGACAGGAAAAUCACCGCGAAGGGAGGGCCGGGGAAGCGGCGGGCGGCUUCAGGACAAGAAGACAGUUUGGCCUCAAGCCAAGCAAGCAGCAAAGAAGACAUGGACUGAAAAGACAUGAGAUGUCUUAGCUGACUCCUAGUUAUUCUGAUCAAUCAAAGAGCAGCCUUUCUGGUUGCUGAGCUGCUCCCUGCUCAGAGCCCCGAAUGGUAGGGCUUCUUUCUCAUGGAGUUGUAGGCGGGCAGUGUGCAAACUGCUGCAUCUUGGAGCAACUUGCUCAGAGCUCUUAUUACUCUUGAGAAGUGUUAGAAGCCUGGAUGACUGUUACAGAUGAUGGACCACCUCCCAGGAGAGAAGAGAGAUGUCCCAUUCUCCCCAUUUGUCUGUGGAAAUGUUCUCAUAAGUUCUACUCGAGUCCCAUGACUGCUAACACCUUUGUUUCUCAUGUUAGCUGGUUUACAGAGCUGAACUUAGAUUAUUUCACUCAUGGGAGUGUUUUUACAGGAUGGAUCCGUAAAAGUGGAAUUGCAAGGCAAAUUCCCUCCUUUAUAUUUUCAUGGUCAGAAAUUUAAAAAAAAACAAAACUUUUCCACAGCUUUCCUAAAGCAGAGUGCAAGGUGAAGUCAUUACAUUGAUCUGUGAAUGGUACAAAGGCUUCUGUAUGUUUCCCAAAUUUCAGCCUACUAUGAAUGCAUUUAUCUUCCAAACCAGCAAUUCCAUGUUUUAAGGCUUCAUCCUAGAGAAACAAUCUCACAUAAACAUGAAAAUAUAUAUAAGGAUGGUCACAGUGGCAUUUCUUGUAAUCUUUAAAAGCAGGAAAACAGUGCCUAGUAGUAGAGUGACUGAUUAAAUUAUGGUAUAGCCUACUAAUGAAGGCAGCUACUGCAAAACUAUCAUAUUUACACACACAAGUGUGAUGACAGCUACAGUAUACGGUCUUUAGAAGUUUUACGUUCAAAAAACAUAUACUGUGUGAUUCAUUUAUAUCAAGUGGAAAAAUAAAGAAUUAUUGAUAUGUGUAUACGUAUUUGUGAAUACAUAGGACAAGCUCCUGUAGGCUAUACACUAAAGGGUUAGAGAAUUCUCCUAGAGAGUGGAAUUACAAGAGCAGAGAGACAAAGUAAGGGAGGAUUUAUGUUUUUUAUUCUAAAUCUUGAUAACUUGAACUUUUUAUCAUGUACAUUAAUAACUUUUGUGAUUUUUUUUUAAAAGAUGCAAAGAUUUUUUUUUUAACAAAUGUAUUUUUAUGUAUUUGGGAAAAGAGUAAAAAAAUCUAAAUGAAAGCACAUCAGGGUUUAGGCACAAAUUUGAGCUAACUUGGCAAUUCCGUACCUGUGUGCUCUUUAUCCAAUACAAUGCAUUUUCCCCCCAAUCAAUAGAGAUCAAUAAAGAAAUAUCAGGUAAAAACAAGACAAAACAAAACCCUUAGGGCCACAUUGGAAGAACAAGAAAACCUAUAUAAAUCUCCAUUUUAUU